GGUAAUUAAUCAGAGUAUUAAUUCCAUCUUUCGGGUUUUUUUUCUUCUUCUAUACAUCAGAAUCCUGGAAAAUGCAAACCAGGAAGAUGAAAUGAUGGUUCUACCAAUGAUCAGAGAGCUUGAUCUUGUUGCUUGAACUAAGUUUCGAACAAGAGAAAUUUCAUCUCUGAUUUGUCCGAUUUGGUGCUUUUUUUUCGAUCCGUUUAAUUUAUUCAUACAUUCAAAUGCAGAGUUCGGAUCAAUCCAGUGAAAACGUCGAAGAUUCACUUGAGCGUCUUAAUAUUCAUGAAGACGACGAAGAAACGCGAGAUUUGGCUCAACAGAGGUGUUAUCCAGACCAUCCUGACGAGCCAGAUUGCUUGUACUAUCUGAGAACGGGUUCAUGUGGAUACGGAAGUAAUUGUCGGUUUAACCAUCCCGUUUCCGCAGCUCAGGGUGUGUUGAGUUCUCGGGAUGAAUUUCCCGAGAGAAUUGGGCAACCAAACUGCGAGUAUUUUCUGAAGACGGGUGCAUGCAAAUACGGAGCGAGUUGCAAAUAUCAUCACCCGAAAGAUAGAAAUGGCGCUUUACCGAUCUUUUUCAACAUCCUUGGACUUCCGAUGCGACAGGAUCGGAAGUGUUGCUCUUACUACAUGCGGACCGGAACAUGUAAGUUUGGGAACACAUGCAAGUUCCAUCAUCCUCAGCCGACAUCUCAUGUCCCUCUGAAUGGAACUCCGUCUGUUUAUGGCGGAUUUUCAGCAUGGUCAGUCCCGAGAUUAUCGUAUAUGAACGGUUUAAGUCUUCAAGGUCCAUCGGGAUAUAUCCCCUUCAUGGUUUCUCCCUCUCACAGCAUCUUAUCCGCCCCGAGCUUUGACACUUUCACGAGUUCUUCUUCGACUGAUAUCAUUGGAUCGAUAAACCGACACGAUUCAGUUCAUAAUCUCCCCGAAAGACCUGACCAGCCCGAAUGCCGAUACUACAUGAACUCCGGAACCUGCAGAUAUGGAUCAGAUUGCAGGUUUUAUCACUCGAAAGAACGGAUCACUCACAUAGAAUCAUCAUCAAGUGCAAUGAACUCGGUUACGCUUCAUUCCCGACCCGGACAAUCUAUAUGUGCCAGCUACAUGAUCCAUGGAGUAUGUAAGUUCGGUUCGGGAUGCAGAUUCGAUCAUCCUCUUCCGCAGUACCCUUACGCCUCGAUGUUCGAUUCUUCCGCCUAUUUAGCGUACCCAAGGCUCUCCCCGAUAGCGAAUCCGUUCGUCAAGACUCAAACGUUACCAUCCAGAGAUUCAGACAGAACAAAGAACAUGGAACCAGGCAGGGAAGACGGUAGCUUGUUGUCCAAGAAACCUGUCGGCAUGUCGGAAAAAAGCUUGUUCGGAUAAAAACGAAUGAGAUCUCGCAGAAGAGAGGGUGUUUAAUUGUACGUGUUGAAUGCUUUAAACUACAGAUAUAUAGUACAUGGCAGAGUUUGGAUUUUC